UAUAACCUUUGGGACUGAACAUCCCUGGAGUUGGUGGAACUUGUGGAAUUCCAGAGAUCCCAGUUGGAAAAGCUUCUGCUUCCUUGGACCUAAAGUUCUUCCUUCCAACCAAAGCUUCCCAGGAUGGAUGAGGAACAUCUUCAUGAUGAUCUGCGUGUUUUUAAAGACAGAAGCUUCAUCCAGCAGAGGUUGAGAUCCUUCUUCACCGUCUACUUGCUCUUGGGUGUCUCCUUCUUCUUCAUCUUCACCCUCUUCGCCGUGUCCCUCUCCAAAGUUUCCGCCGUUUCCUCCAGACUCAACGAGGUGAAAUCAGAACCAAACCACAACUUUUCCAACCGGGAUCUUCUCCUGUUUCCCUGCGGCCCAGAUUCCAGGCAAUGGGAAUAUUUCGAUGGGAAAUGUUACUACUUCUCCUUGAGCAAAACCAACUGGAACAAAGCCAAGGCUCAGUGUGAGGAGAUGCAUUCCCACCUGACCGUCAUCAACAGCUUCUCCAAGCAGAACUUCCUGAUGUUCCGGGCGCGGAACGAGCGGUUCUGGAUCGGGCUGACGGACCAGGACGAGGAGGGGGAGUGGAAAUGGAUCGAUGGCACCGACUACAGGAGCAACUUCAUGUUCUGGAAGGAGGGGGAGCCCAAUGACAGUGGGCACAACGAGGACUGUGCCCAUCUUUGGGGUUCAGGGCACUGGAACGACGUUCAUUGCACCUACGAGUGUUUCUACAUCUGUGAGAAGCCCCUUCCCCCUUGACAACCCCCCCGGGACCCCCUUUUCCACCCCAAAAUCUCCCUAUUUUUCCCCUUCCCCCCCAGCCUCCCCCCCCCCUUAAUUUAUACUCUCCCAGGUUUGAGGAUCCUUUGGGAUCCACCCUAAUAAAGGACAAUUAAUGCUCUGCUUAA